AAGGAAGUGCUUAUGUGUCACAAACACAUACAUUCCACCUGAAGGGUGUCAGUGCCACCCAGUGACCCAGGUUUAGCGGGAGGCUGCUCCGUGUUUACACCAUUUGGCGCCAGUUACCAAUGGCAAGAUGCGUACUGUGUUUAUUGUUGGCAUUAGCAACCCUGGCGUCGGUCGACGCAACCGCCACCCAGUCUUUUAAGAUAGGCGGCAUUUUGGAUUCGAACCUGACGCAGGAACACUUCAAGAAUGAGCUGGAGAGAAUCGUAACAAACGGAGAAUCAGGGGAGCCAGCAUCCAUAAUUGAAAGUCUGCACGAGGUCAGCAUGAUACUGCAGACCAACCCAGUCACUACCGCAACUCAAGUCUGUGAUGCCGUUAUAGCUCAAGGGGUUUGUACCAUCGUUGCUGCGAGUCCAUCUGGAGGAAUCCUGUCGACUGUGGCCAUUUCUUACAUUGGCAGCUUUUAUCAUGUUCCUGUCAUCUGCACACACUCCAGGGACUCUACAUUUUCUGACCAGAAUAUUCACGGGUUCUUUUUGCGUACUGUGCCUCCACUCAGUCACCAGGCAGACGUGUGGAUCGCCCUCCUGAAACACUUCAACUACAAUCAGGUGAUUUUCAUGCACUCUUCCGACACCAAUGGACGGGCCAUUCAGUCCAGGUUUCAGUACCUGACUCAUCCCUCUCACGACGAUGAUGGAAUUAAGUUGGCUCUGGUGAUUGAAUUCAACCGUGGGCAAUAUGCAUUCGUAGAGGAACUGAACAUUGUCAAGGCUCAGGUGGUCAAGGUGAUUUUGCUCUAUGCUGACAUCGACGAUGCCGAGACUAUAUUCCACGACGCCAGGUACCUCAACAUGACUGGCCCUGGGUAUGUGUGGUUGGUCACAGAGCAGGCGCUGAGUGCUCAUUUCCUACCAGUCGGGGUCCUGGGACUGCAGCUCAAGAACGCCAGGGAUUCACACGCCCACAUCACAGACGCCAUCCAAGUGACAGUUCAAGGAAUACGUCAGUUGUACGAACAAGAAGCAGAAGAAGACACGAGCACCACACCUGCCAUCUGCUGGAAUGAAAAGGAUUCUUGGGAUGAUACCGGAAAGAAACUAUACAAAUCUAUCAGAAAUCAAGUGCUCUACAAUGGCAGAACUGGGAAGGUCGGAUUCGAUUCGAGCGGAGACCGAAUCUUCGCCGAGUAUUCGGUGAUCAACGUUUUGGAAAAGUCCAGACAUCCUUACGCUCUGAACACCCUCCAGACUGUCGGUGACUUCUCGUACGACAACGUCACUGAUCAGAUGAAGUUAUCAAUCGACAAUUCAGCCAUAGUGUGGCCAGGCAAGGUGAAGGAUGUUCCUCUGGGGUUCACCUUACCAACCCACUUUAAGGUCAUGACCCUCCGUGAAUUACCGUUCGUGUACGCUGAAGCCAUCGAUAGCUUGGAUCAGUGCCAGGAAAAAGACGAGGUGCUUUGUCCGUACUUCAAUCGAACGACUAAUGAGACGCAACUUACUUGCUGCUGGGGUUACUGUAUAGAUCUCCUGCUGACUUUAUCUGCCAAGAAUAAUUUCACCUUCGAGUUGGAGCUCUCCUCUGAUGGACAUUACGGGGAAUAUGCAUUCAAUGAACAAGGUAAAAAGGAAUGGAAUGGUAUGAUCGGCGAGCUGGUGGACGAGGAAAAUGGCAUCGACAUGAUAGUGGCCCCCCUGACCAUCAACCCAGAGAGGUCGAACGCCAUAGCGUUUUCAAAGCCCUUCAAGUACCAGGGUAUCACGAUCCUCGUUAAAAGGGCACCUCACGAGGCAACCUUGGUGUCCAUCUUGCAACCGUUCAGGGACACUCUGUGGCUAAUGCUCUUAGCGACUGUCCAUGUCAUUGCUCUCCUGAUGUGGGUGCUUGACAGACUGAGUCCUGUUUAUAAGAUAACUGGAGAUGACACAGACUCCCUGUCAAUCACGGAGUCCUUUUGGUUUUCCUGGGCUGUCAUCCUUAACAGUGGACUUUCUGAAGGUACUCCGAGGUGCAUAAGCGGUCGCAUCCUUGGUAUAAUAUGGGGUGGUUUCGCAAUGAUCAUAGUGGCUUCCUAUACGGCUAACUUGGCCGCGUUCUUAGUCUUGGAGACUCCCGCCACUUCCAUCUCUGGAAUCAAUGAUCCCAGGCUGAGAAAUCCAGGCGAAAACUUCACAUUUGCCACCAUCAAGGGGUCGGCUGUGAACAUGUUCUUCCAGCGGAAGACUGAGUGGUCGAACAUGUACAGAGUGAUGGAAAUGCAUAAUUACGACUCUGUAGAUGAUGCUUUACAGGCAGUGAGAGAUGGGACACUUCAGGCGUUCAUAUGGGAGAGUUCCAGGCUGGAGUACGAAGCUGCACAGGAUUGCGAUCUGUUGACGGUUGGGGAGCUCUUUGGGAGGUCAGGAUACGGCCUGGGUCUGAAGAAGGGGUCACCGUGGGCGGAAAAAAUCACCAGAGACAUUCUGGAUUUGCAUGAAAGAGGCUACAUGGAGGAGCUGGACAAAACCUGGAUCUGGGCCAGUGAUGUCCGAUGUCCAGGGGAUCUCGUGGGGGGAGACUAUUCCAAACGUCUUGGACUUAAAAACCUCGAAGGGAUUUUCAUCAUGGUCGCUGGAGCUGUCUUGAGCGGCGUCGUUCUCGUCGUCGCCGAAAUCUCCUAUAAUCGAUGUCAUGUCGCCAAGAAGAAGGGGAAGAAUGGAGACGAUUCCAAGAAUGCUGACGAAAAUGAUGGGCACGACGGUGGAGGAGGAGUCGCCGAGGUCUCUAAAAGUGAUGCCGAGGUCGACGUCGUGAACUUACUGGCUGCGAAAGGAACUCAAGAUGAAACCAGAAGUGAACAAGGAACCAGUUCCUACAUUGCACCAGGUAAGAAACGCGCGGAGCAGGAGAAGGGAACGUGUACUACUGCUGGUGAGAAUGAUCCCCAGAAGUUUCUCGACGCCAGCAAACCCGACGACAAACUUCUCCUCCAAGACAUUGAGAAUCGCCUUAGGGAAAGUCCCAACAUUCCCGACGAGUGGAAGAAACGAUCCCCUCUCGAGUGGUUCCAGUAUUAUUUAGACAUCUUGCGACAAGACGCUGACAUCAGCAGUUGUGAAAAGUCGACCGAAGCAGUCGCCAUCAUGGAAGGCUUUGUAGACUUUGUCCAAGAGAUUGGAAUCAAGGACUUCUCAGAGUUGUACAGUGACGAUUGUGAUUCCGAUGAUUCCAGUGACAAUGAGUCGGUGAAGUCUGUCGAUGUGGGCCAGAGAAACAAGGAAUCAAGCGCUGAAUGUGCUUUGCGCGGGACAGCACUGGAGAAAUUUUGUGUCGCACCUUCAACUGAGCUCGAGCCAGACAGCGCUGGUGAUGCUCAUCAUCAGAUACUGUCUGUGAACUCUGCUGCUCAAAGAAGCACAAAUCCUCCUCAGCAGACAAAAAACUUACCUGACGUCUUAGACACUUCUAGCAAAAGAGGAACUGACAAGAAGAAUGGAGAAGGAUUUCAUUGAGUUAUGUAUAACUUGCACUAAGAAGAAAGCAAGUGAGGAUUCUGAUACGAAGAGUAGCACAGUGGUCUCUUAUAUUGUUGGAUAAAAUUACUGUACCUAACCAUAGCAAGGAAGAUUAGUUAUUCUUUAUAAAGAUUAACUAAUCUUUAUAAAGAUUAGUGCUUUAACUAUACUUAAAAUUUCAGCCAGAGGCAGAAAGUGGCUACUUAGCAUUUGAAAAAACCUUUUCCCAUUAAUAACUUAUUUUUUUUUUGCAUGAAUUAGUUUGAAAUUUUGGACAUGGGUUAGUUUAUGUAUCGAAAAGGUCACUAUUCAUAUUUUCCUUCUCCCCCCCCCAAAAAAAAAAAAUCUUUUAAAAAACAAACAUGGUUUGCAAACUUUGUUUGUGAACAAUGUUUCCUAGUGUGGACGGGCCUUUAGUGCCCAAAGUUACCCUGUGGUGUCAGUUUAAAGAUUAAUUGUACCUCUUUUAUCUGAAUAAAUACAAAGAACUCGUCUA